GUGGGUGGGGCCAGAUAAGAGAAGUAGCCAGCAGUGGCACCACUGGGGUCACCCUCCAGGCUGCGGAACCUUUGUUCUUUCACUCUUUGCAAUAAAUCUUGCUGCUGCUCACUCUUUGGGUCCACACUGCCUUUAUGAGCUGUAACACUCACUGGGAAUGUCUGCAGCUUCACUCCUGAAGCCAGCGAGACCACGAACCCACCAGGAGGAACAAACAGCUCCAGACGCGCAGCCUUAAGAGCUGUAACACUCACCGCGAAGGUCUUCAGCUUCACUCCUGAGCCAGCCAGACCACGAACCCACCAGAAGGAAGAAACUCCAAACACAUCCGAACAUCAGAAGGAGCAAACUCCUGACACGCCACCUUUAAGAACCGUGACACUCACUGCUAGGGUCCGCAGCUUCAUUCUUGAAGUCAGUGAGACCAAGAACCCACCAAUUCCGGACACAGUAAGACUGGGGCAAGAGGUGGAAGAGAUUUGCAAGAUUCAGUUGGUUUUAGAAACAUUCUACAAAGGAUAGGAUGCAGCUUAUCCUGAUGUGGUAUAUCAGACCUCAGUAAAGAAUAAAUUGUAUUCUUAUCAGACAGGCAGCAGAAUUCAUUAAGUACCAGCUGUGUCUGCCUCUUGCUGAAUUAGACAUCAAUGUGUGUAGUGACUAAACUAAGAGUUUGAAAUGCCUUCAAAUUAUUUUUCUUCCUUUGCAAUUUUAUGACUUAUUCAGGAUCAUAAUUUCCACUUAAGUUACCUUCGUCCUUCAUAAAAUCUGAUUAAACUGACUCGAACUUCAGCAUGAAAGUUUCAAAAACUAUGAUAGUUAUUAUUUUCAUGAGAAAGAACAAUGAAUAUGAUGCAAUCUAAUUGUUGUAGAUCAUCACUUCAAGGUGCCCAUAUCUUUCUAGUGGAAAAAUUAUUCUGGCCUCCGCUGCAUACAAAUCAGGCAACCAGAAUUCUACAUAUAUAAGGCAAAGAAACAUCCUAGACAUGGCUUUAGAGAUCCACAUGUCAGACCCCAUGUGCCUCAUCGAGAACUUUAAUGAGCAGCUGAAGGUUAAUCAGGAAGCUUUGGAGAUCCUGUCUGCCAUUACGCAACCUGUAGUUGUGGUAGCGAUUGUGGGCCUCUAUCGCACUGGCAAAUCCUACCUGAUGAACAAGCUGGCUGGGAAGAACAAGGGCUUCUCUGUUGCAUCUACGGUGCAGUCUCACACCAAGGGAAUUUGGAUAUGGUGUGUGCCUCAUCCCAACUGGCCAAAUCACACAUUAGUUCUGCUUGACACCGAGGGCCUGGGAGAUGUAGAGAAGGCUGACAAGAAGAAUGAUAUCCAGAUCUUUGCACUGGCACUCUUACUGAGCAGCACCUUUGUGUACAAUACUGUGAACAAAAUUGAUCAGGGUGCUAUCGACCUACUGCACAAUGUGACAGAACUGACAGAUCUGCUCAAGGCAAGAAACUCACCCGACCUUGACAGGGUUGAAGAUCCUGCUGACUCUGCGAGCUUCUUCCCAGACUUAGUGUGGACUCUGAGAGAUUUCUGCUUAGGCCUGGAAAUAGAUGGGCAACUUGUCACACCAGAUGAAUACCUGGAGAAUUCCCUAAGGCCAAAGCAAGGUAGUGAUCAAAGAGUUCAAAAUUUCAAUUUGCCCCGUCUGUGUAUACAGAAGUUCUUUCCAAAAAAGAAAUGCUUUAUCUUUGACUUACCUGCUCACCAAAAAAAGCUUGCCCAACUUGAAACACUGCCUGAUGAUGAGCUAGAGCCUGAAUUUGUGCAACAAGUGACAGAAUUCUGUUCCUACAUCUUUAGCCAUUCUAUGACCAAGACUCUUCCAGGUGGCAUCAUGGUCAAUGGAUCUCGUCUAAAGAACCUGGUGCUGACCUAUGUCAAUGCCAUCAGCAGUGGGGAUCUGCCUUGCAUAGAGAAUGCAGUCCUGGCCUUGGCUCAGAGAGAGAACUCAGCUGCAGUGCAAAAGGCCAUUGCCCACUAUGACCAGCAAAUGGGCCAGAAAGUGCAGCUGCCCAUGGAAACCCUCCAGGAGCUGCUGGACCUGCACAGGACCAGUGAGAGGGAGGCCAUUGAAGUCUUCAUGAAAAACUCUUUCAAGGAUGUAGACCAAAGUUUCCAGAAAGAAUUGGAGACUCUACUAGAUGCAAAACAGAAUGACAUUUGUAAACGGAACUCGGAAGCAUCCUUGGAUCAUUGCUUGGCUUUACUUAAGGAUAUUUUUGGUCCUCUAGAAGAAGCAGUGAAGCAGGGAAUUUAUUUCAAGCCAGGAGGCCAUAAUCUCUUCAUUCAGAAAACAGAAGAACUGAAGGCAAAGUACUAUCGGGAGCCUCGGAAAGGAAUACAGGCUGAAGAAGUUCUGCAGAAAUAUUUAAAGUCCAAGGAGUCUGUGAGUCAUGCAAUAUUACAGACUGACCAGGCUCUCACAGAGAAGGAAAAACAGAAGAAAGAGGCACAAGUGAAAGCAGAAGCUGCAGAGGCUGAAGCGCAAAGGUUGGCGGCGAUUCGAAGGCAGAACGAGCAAAUGAUGCAGGAGAGGGAGAGACUCCAUCAGGAACAAGUGAGACAAAUGGAGAUAGCCCAACAAAAUUGGCUGGCAGAGCAACAGAAAAUGCAGCAACAACAGAUGCAGGAACAGGCUGCACAGCUCAGCACAACAUUCCAAGCUCAAAAUAGAAGCCUUCUCAGUGAGCUCCAGCACGCCCAGAGGACUGUUAAUAACGAUGAUCCAUGUGUUUUACUCUAAAGUGCUAAAUAUGGGAGUUUCCUUUUUUUACUCUUUGUCACUGAUGACACAACAGAAAAGAAACUGUAGACCUUGGGACAAUCAACAUUUAAAUAAACUUUAUAAUUAUUUUUUCAAACUUU